GCUGAUCCUCUCCUGCAGAAGAGCUUCCCCUAAACUUUCAUAUUCCGCCUUCAAGUAAGCCGCGAUGAGCAGACAGGCACCUACAGUGAGAUCUGUCCUGGGACGAAGAGGCUUCAGUUCAGCUUCAGAGAUUUGUGGUCGAAGCUAUGCUGCCUCUGCCUGCCAGGCCGUCCGGUGCGGAGCUGGCGCCUAUAGCAGCAGAAGCGUCUGCAACCUGGGUGGGAACAGGAGAAUUUCCUACGUGAAUGGGGUCUGCGGUACUGGAUGUUUCGGAGAGUUCGGUUUUGCAGGAGUAGGCUACGGUAAUGUUGGAGGAAGGGUUGGCCUUUGUGGCCCCAGGGGAUAUAGUAUUGUGAGAGGAUACCCUGAUCGCAAGGCUGAUGGCAUCCAAGGUAUCUGCAUCGACGAACGGCUUCUGAAGCCCCUCUGCGUUGGGGUCGACCCGCUGGAGCAUGAAAUACGCUGUCAGGAGAAGGAGCAGAUCAAGACUCUCAACACCCAAUUUGCCUGCUUCAUCGACAAGGUCCGAUUCCUGGAGCAGCAGAACAAAGUGCUGGAGACCAAGUGGGGCCUCCUGCAGCAAUACGUCCUACCAAAGAAAGGGAAAAACCUUGAACUGUACUUUGAGAACUACAUCUGCGACCUGCGGAAGCGCCUGGACUGCUUGCUUUGUGAAAAGGAAAAACUGGGUAGUGAAGAAUGUGCCACAAGUCAGCUGGUGGAGGAGUUCAAGUGCAAAUAUGAAGAGGAAAUCAACAGGCGUACAACUGUGGAGAAUGAGUUUGUGGCACUCAAAAAGGAUGCAGACUGUAUCUUUCUGAACAAGGAAGAGCUGGAGGUGAAGGUGGAUCUGUUAAGAAGGCAGCUGGAGCUGCUGAAAUGUGUGUUUGAGGAGGAACGAGCUCAGGUAGAUCGUCAGUUAUGCGAUACUUCGGUCAUCGUGAAAAUGGACAACAACCGAGACCUGGACAUGGAAAGCAUCAUCAAGAACGUUGAAUGCUGGUACCAAGAAAUUGCUCAGAAGAGCAAAGAAGAAGUUGAUGCUUUCUACCAAACCAGGUUUCAGGAGCUUCAGGAUAAGAGAGGCAAGUAUUGCGAUGACCUCCAAAGCAACAAGUGUGAGAUUUCAGAGCUAACCCGGAUGAUACAGAAGCUGCAGUGUGAACUGGAGAACGUGAAGAAGCAGGUCUCCUGCCUGCAAACCUCCAUUUGUGAUGUUGAGCAGCGCGGGGACUGUGCCCUCAAAGAUGCCCGAGAGAAGCACAUUGAGCUGCAGAAUGCCCUCCAGAAGGCCAAGGAUGAGCUGGCUUGCAUGCUGCGGGAUUACCAGGAGCUGCUGAAUGUCAAGCUGGCCCUGGAUAUAGAGAUUGCAACAUACAAGACUUUACUGGAGGGUGAAGAGAGCAGGCAACAGCAGCCUGUCCUGGCGAACCUGCCAGGCAAUGCACCGACGUGCAUUGAACCUGGGGAAGAACAUGCCACCAGCCAGAUGAGCAACGUGGGAACUGGGAGGAUCUCCGUGGUCAGCAGCGGCUACAACAUCCCCGAUGACUGUGGGAUGCUGGCUGCAACCGGGGCUGUGUGUGGCUACAGCUCCGUGGGCAGACGUUCCGGACGACACGGCUCCCAGAACGGAGGAUUCAGCUCCCGAAGCGCCGGGAUCCACCCCAAGAAAGUCAUCAGCUCAGUGGCCAAGCAGUGUGUCCCAGAGGUGUACUGCCAAGCCGGAGGGGUCAACUGCAAAAACGGGGGAUUCAGCUCCCGGAGUGGGGGGUACCCAGCCCGCACCGUCAUCAGCACGGGCAACGGGGGCUUGAGUGCUCGGGUGGGGGCUUGCCAAGCUGGUGGGGUGGUCAGCUUUGGAAACCAAGGCUGCGUCAUCAGGCAGCUGGGGGGCCCUCCUGUUGUUGUUGCAAAUAGCCCCGAAGUUGUGGGGUGCAACACUGGGGUGGUGGGGAACUUCGGGGUUGUCAGAGACCCGUGCGUUGUUCCAUAG